CCUCCUUAGCCUGGAUCUCAAAGGAGACUCCGAGGGUAUAAAAUGCAGCAACUUAGUUCGGGAGCAUUUCCGAGACAGAGUUCCUCCGGUGCACUCUCUCCGCCUGAUCUCGCGGCAUUGAUUGGCCGAAAAUAUUGAUCACUGGAUCCAGAAGAAGUGCGUCUGGUCUCAUUCAGAGUUGAAGAGUUCCCACCGCCGCGUCUCUUGAGCCGGGCAGGAGUUCCUCCCUGCCGCGUCUCCUGCGCACCGCGCCAUGGCCGGGGACGGAGUGGACCAGCGCGCCCUGCAGUAUGAGCAGACUCUGAUGUAUGGGCGCUACACCCAGGAGCUGGGGGUGUAUGCCAAGGAGGAGGCGGCUCGCCUGCGGGAAGGAGGCCAGCGCCGCUCCGUCGGCCGCUCCUUGGACCUGCUGGAGUAUGACAAGGGACGCUGUGCCAAGUGUCGCAGGUCAGGGUAUCCUUGGGUCCUGGAGGCCCCAGCUCGGGACUUUAUAUCUGUCUGCACGGUGCGCUGCCAGAAGUUCCUGAUCUCGCGGGUGGGCGAGGAUUGGAUCUUCCUCAUCCUCCUGGGGCUGCUGAUGGCACUCGUUAGCUGGGCGGUGGACUUCUGCAUCGCCAUCUGCCUCCAAGCACAGAAGUGGAUGUAUGGCGGUCUGGACAGUAAUGUGUUCCUGCAGUACCUGGCCUGGGUCACCUACCCUGUGGUGCUCAUCACCUUCUCUGCUGGCUUCACCCAGAUCCUUGCUCCGCAGGCCGUUGGGUCCGGCAUCCCGGAGAUGAAGACCAUCCUUCGGGGUGUAGUGCUGAAGGAAUACCUCACGUUCAAGACCUUUGUGGCCAAAGUCAUCGGCCUCACCUGUGCUUUGGGCAGUGGCAUGCCCUUAGGCAAGGAGGGUCCGUUUGUGCACAUCGCCAGCCUGUGUGCAGCCCUCCUCAGCAGGUUCAUGUCACUGUUUGGCGGAAUCUAUGAGAAUGAGUCGAGAAACAUCGAGAUGCUGGCGGCGGCCUGUGCGGUUGGGGUGGGCUGCUGCUUUGCUGCCCCUAUAGGAGGGGUGCUGUUCAGUAUUGAGGUCACCUCCACCUUCUUUGCGGUGAGGAACUAUUGGAGAGGCUUCUUCGCAGCCACCUUCAGCGCCUUCAUCUUCCGGGUGCUGGCCGUGUGGAACAGAGACGAAGAGACAAUUACAGCCCUUUUCAAAACCCGCUUCCGUCUAGACUUCCCCUUCGACCUCCAGGAGCUGCCUGCCUUCGCUGUCAUCGGCAUUGCCAGUGGUUUUGGCGGGGCUCUCUUUGUCUACCUGAACCGACUCAUCGUGCAGUUCAUCAGAAAGCAGAAGGCUAUCAACAAGUUCCUCAUGAAGAAGCGCCUGCUCUACCCCGCCCUCGUCACUCUGCUGGUGUCCACCUUAACCUUCCCCCCGGGCUUCGGACAGUUCAUGGCCGGCAAGCUGACCCAGAAGGAGGCGCUGGUGACCCUGCUGGACAACAGGACGUGGGCCAAGCAAGGCAUCGCGGAGGACUUUGACUACCUGGGCCACCUGCAGGCCUGGCAGCACCCGCAGGUCAACGUGUUCGUCACACUGGUCCUCUUCAUCGUCAUGAAGUUCUGGAUGUCUGCCUUGGCCACCACCAUCCCCGUCCCCUGUGGCGCCUUCAUGCCCGUCUUUGUCAUCGGGGCGGCGUUCGGUCGUCUGGUGGGAGAGAGCAUGGCGGCCUGGUUCCCCGACGGCAUCCACACGGACGGAGUCAUCUACCCCAUCGUGCCCGGGGGCUACGCGGUCGUUGGUGCGGCCGCUCUGUCGGGGGCUGUCACCCACACGGUGUCCACGGCAGUCAUCGUGUUCGAGCUGACGGGCCAGAUCUCCCACAUCCUGCCCGUGAUGAUUGCGGUGAUCCUGGCCAACGCCGUGGCCCAGUCCCUGCAGCCCUCCCUCUACGACUCCAUCAUCCGUAUCAAGAAGCUGCCAUACCUGCCCGAGCUGGGCUGGGGACACCACGAGAAGUACAACAUCCGCGUGGAGGACAUCAUGGUGAGGGACGUGAGGUACAUCACCCUCAACUGCUGCUACCGGGACCUCCACAACGUCCUGCUCACCGGGAACCUCAAGACCCUCGCACUGGUGGAGUCUGCUGAGUCCAUGAUCCUGCUGGGCUCCAUCGAGCGGGCUCAGCUGCAGGCUCUCCUCUCCCAGCAGCUGGGCCGCGCGCGCCGCAUGGAGUACAUCCGGGAGAACGCCAUGGCCUUCAAGAAGUGCAUGUCUGACCCCGAGUCCCCGCCCCCUCCGCCCCCCGUGGAGGACACCAACAGCCAGCAGCGCCACUCAACCCAGGAGGUCCGCUUCCAGAUCACCACUGAGGAGUCCACUUUGAGUCCCACCCGACCCACCCCCCAGAAACCCCUCAAACCUGCCCUGAAGAGACCAUCAGUCGUAGACCGCCCCCCCGAGAUCCUCACCGCAAAUAAUGAUAACUCGGGCAUUGCUUUAAAGAACCUGUUUUGUGCCAACCCUGAUGCAGAAGCCUUGGAGUCCAACAACAACAACAUGGAACCGCCCACCUCCCCUGAACACAGGAGGCCCCCCAAACGGGUCCGGAUAUCCGUAGUGGAGCCCCCGCCCCACUUAAAGACUUACUUCUGGGACGACGGGGACACGGAGGACGACAUGACCAUCCGAGAGAUUGCAGAGUGGGAGGAGCAACAGCUUGAUGAACAGGUCAACUUCAGCAACUGCAAGAUCGACCCCGCCCCUUUUCAACUUGUGGAACGUACCUCACUGCAUAAGACCCACACCAUCUUCUCCCUGCUGGGCUUGGACCACGCCUACGUGACCAGCAUCGGACGGCUCAUCGGGGUGGUUUCCCUCAAAGAGCUGCGUAAGGCCAUCGAGGGCUCUGUGACGGUGAAGGGGACAAAGGUGCGCCCCCCGCUGGCCAGUUUCCGGGACAGCGGCACCAGCAGCAGUGAGAACGAGGCCACUGAGCUCCACAAGCUGUGGGACCGCCACAAGAGCAUGUCGCUCCCCCGCGAGCACACCCAGUCCGACUCAGACGAGAAAUCCCAAUGACGGGCCCGCUGAGAGGGGGAGAGGGAGCCAGCAUCGACUGCUACCCUUGAAAGCUGCCGACACAAAAGAAGAAAAAAAAGAAUCCUCAGGGUUUGGAUCGAUAUGUAAUUCUGGGAAAUGGAGUCAUCUUUUUUCUGCAGCUUGCCAGAGACCCCCCCCCCUCCUGUGUCCCCCUACUCUCUGUGUGUCUCCAUCCCCCUCCUCUGUGGCCCAGGGCCUGUCCCGGUGAGGUAACCAGGGGUCUGGCCCUGACUACAGACACUUGACACUCUUCGGUGGGGGGGAUUGACUACAGCCCAGAUUGUGCCCUGCUCUCCACUGGAGCCACGAGACCCUGCUGGAGAGGACAAGGGAAGACUACGUAGGGAGUGUUAGUGACCAGGGGUGUAUACAGGGUUAGAGUAGAAGUGGGGUGUCGUGGACUCAACCACCGUCUGACCAGCCUGACGUCUGUCCGUCGGCCUCGUGACCAAACUCUGAAACCGUCUCCCCGUCUGAACAAGUCUUCCAUUUGUGUUGCGAGGACAAACACAGAGUGAGUGUAUGUAUUGAGAGAAUGGACGAGUGUGUGCAUGUAGCAACACGGCUGUUUAUAAUAAGGUUUUUAUUAUUUUGUAAUUCAUUUGAACACGUUUUAGUCUUAUUAUAGCAGUUCUGUUUCACCAUCCCGACAGCUGGUAUGGCUGUAAUCUUAGUGGUGUGGCCCCGUCCUAGUUCAGGAGACAAGGGGGGUCCGCCUUCACUUCCAGACCCUUCUUAGUUCCAUCGUGAAGCAGGCUGGUCAAAGGAAACAGCCUUCUCGUCUUAAAGUCUCUCUCAUGUCUGGUUCCAAUGUAUGCAUAUGUACCUCCUACACACAUACACACACAAUCAGAGCUCUUAAGAAGCAUCAUAGGGCAGAGAGAGAGAGAGAGAGAGAGAGAGAGAGAGAGAGAGAGAGAGAGAGAGAGAGAGAGAGAGAGAGAGAGAGAGAGAGAGAGAGAGAGAGAGAGAGAGAUCUAUACCUAUGUUUAUAUCAAUAGAUAUACAGUAGUUUUAUAUAUAUAUAUAUAAAUCUCUUAUAUAGAGAUAGAUGGAUAUAUUGAUAUAUAUUUCAAUAUAGAUAUCAAUAUAUAUGUACCAAGGCCCUGGCAGCGAAGCGGCUCUUUGGGUCCAAGAGAAGAGGCUGGAUCUUCUAACAUCACCAUGCCAACCCUACCCCUGCCGUCCCAGUCCUCAGGUGUUCCUCCCCAUGACGGCCGUGUCUGUAUGGGAGCUCUCAGCGGAGUGCCUGGCUGGAGGAGGGCUGGAGGGAGGGAGAGAGGAACCAGGAGUAUAGCGCUCUUAAUAAUGGAUGUGCAGGGCGCUGGGCUCCUCCUCAAACGCUGCUCAUCCAGGGACAGGAGAAGGGCUCUCUCCUCUCGUCCUUAUAUCUCUCUCUUCCUCUUUCGCUCUCCAUUGCAGACCAGUCCCUGACUUGAGGAGCUUUUAAAGUCUCAGAUGGACUCUGUUUUCAAUUAUUUUAGCUCGGAUCUUUUCUUGUUUUAGAUGGAAUGGGUGAAGACGUCUUAUCAGCCCUGAUAUGUUGCUAUGAGGCCUUAAACCACACAACACACAUGCACAAAAUAUCUAUGUAGACGUGCUCAUCACGACAUGCAGGGACAUGUGAGACAGCAUGGCUUCAGCAUGUAGCACUGCAUGUGACUCAAGAGGCUGCAAGAUCCUCUCUAUGGCUGGGCAGAGCUCUCGACACUGAGGUGCAUGUCGGGGUGACAAGUAGUACCUCCAUUGAGCUUCUCAGCAUGAGACUGCUCUCAGAGUUAGACCGCUCUCACAGUGAGACUGCCAUCAGAGUGAGACUGCUCUCACAGUGAAACUGUUCUCCGAGUGAGUGUGCUCUCAGAGUGCGACGGCUCUCAUAGGGAGAAUGCUCUCAAAGUGAGACGGCUCUCACAGUGGGACUGCUCUCACAGUGGGACUGCUCUCAGAGUGAGUCUUCCGUUAGCCCGCUCCACGCGGUCUGACAGGCAUUUAUCAGUGUCUGGCCCCUUGGCUUGGGAAAAAAAUAUUUAUCAAUUUAAUAUAUAUAUAUUUAACACAAUUAAUUGUAAUAUAAGAUCCUAAUUUAAUGUCUUAACAGAUUCAAUGUGUUUUUUUGUCUCAUUUUCUCAUUUUUUGUAAAUUUUUUGUCUCAAAAUUUGUUUUUCAUGCCGUGUUCGAAAUUCCUGUCGUGUAUAGGGCAAAUUAACCUAGAGCAAAGAUGUCCACUUCCUGGAGCUGUAACAUAAAUAGUAUUGAUACUAUUAAUAAUACUGUCGUUAUGAUAUUGACGGCGCCGUGGUGCGUCGAGUGGAAGGAACUGUUGAGCUGUGUGGGGUCUGUCUGUGUACACUCCAAGUGCCUCUUCAUUAGCUGGGCUGCCUCUUCCUCUUUUUUUUACAUUGUUGUCGUUAGCAGGGAUUAGCAAUCACAAUGCUCGUUCUAUAGUCUUGCAUGUGAGCAUUUUGACAAGGCACACACAUGCACACUCACUCACUCUUCUUUCUGUUUUCUCAAACCCACACACUCUUACACACAUGCACUUAAGAUAAUGCGUCAGCGCCACAUUGCAAUUAUGCACGAUCUCCAUGGCAACAUAUCACCCACUCCCCACAUCAUUCCCUCCGCGCUCGCCCCUCUGCAGAGAUCCACUGGCAUGAUUCAAUUCUCCUCAAUGGUCCUUCUCCGGUUGAUGUUCAUCGGUCUGUGAUCUUUCUCUUUCGUCAACAUUUCAACUGUAAAAUGACACAUGGCAUAUUUGUGAUAUUUAUUAAUCAAUGAGUUGAAUUUGUGAUUCGAUUGUUUCCUUCCAUUCUAUGAUUUUCCUUUUUGUGGUAUGCGGUAUUAGAAAUACAUUUGUGCAAUAAUAAUUGUAACCCAAUUUAAAUUGAUAAUUUAACAUGAAUGCAAUAUACCUUCUUUUUUUUUACGAAACCUGAAAAGUGUAUAAAGAUAAAAUACAUUUUAGGUGAGGAGAUCCGAGGUGUGUGUGUGUGUGUGUGUGUGUGUGUGUGUGUGUGUGUGUGUGUGUGUGUGUGUGUGUGUGUGUGUGUGUGUGUGUGUGUGUGUGUGUGUGUGUGUGUUCAUGUGGGUGUGUGUGCGUGCGUGUGGGUGUGUGUGCGUGCGUGUGGGGUUGUGUGUGUGUUGUCUCCGUUGCAUGAGCCUAACACCAAGGUCAUACUAUUGUUCGGUACAAUCAAAGAAGUCUGUUGUGUGCAUCUUAGGGAGCUUUGGGGACCCCUGGUUCCACUCCUAUUUUCGGGGGGACUGCACGCUUUCCCAGGACCCAUCAUGCUUUGAUGCCUGUGCCAACUCAUGCAGCGCUAGGGGCCCUGGUCAAAUGUCCCCUGAACCCCUGGUUGUACAUCCUAGGCCAUUGAACUAUUUUAACUCAAGAGGGACAAUACAUAACAGAAGAAAAAAGAGACAGAAAAAAUGGUAUUUUUUACAGACAAUUUAAACAAUGUUUUGUAUAACUGGAAUGAAUAAAGACAUUUUAACAACA